AUGGCCCUAGUGUUGCGAAACAUCUAUCAAACAUUCAACUAUUUUUUCACUGAAUAUAAUGAUCCCCGCGUGGAACAUUACCCGUUGCUUGGUUCACCAUGGCCAAUAGUGGCGAUUACUGUACUGUAUCUAAAAUUUGUCAACGAUUGGGGACAUCGUCUAAUGGAAAACCAAAAACCCUUUCAACUUAAAACUGUUAUGAAUAUUUAUAAUUUGAUACAGAUUGUGCUCAAUCUGUACAUUGGCAUUGUAGGUGGAUUGAAUUCUUAUUUCGCUGAAGAUUACAGUUGGAAGUGUGAAUCCAUCAAUCAAAAGGACAGUGUCUCGAGACGAAAACUAAUAUUUGUUACUUAUUUAUAUUUUUUGUCGAAAAUUAUUGAUCUACUGGAUACGGUGUUUUUUGUUUUUCGAAAAAAAUACAAUCAAAUUACAUUUUUGCACACAUAUCAUCAUGCGGGAAUGGUUGUAGCAACGUAUGUGUUUACAAAAUUUUUGGCGGGUAGCCACGCAACUCUUCUGGGACUAAUUAAUAGCUUUGUACAUGUGGUCAUGUAUUUCUAUUACUUCCUCACGAGUUUCAAACCGGAGCUAAAGAAUUCAUUGUGGUGGAAAAAACAUAUCACGCAAUUGCAACUGAUACAGUUCACUCUGCUUAUGCUGCAUUUUGGCAUUCCAAUCAUAUGGGGAUAUUGCGAUUUUCCUAAAGUACUAUUGUUUAUUGGUUUUACACAAAAUAUGUUUAUGUUCACUCUAUUUGCAGACUUUUACAUAAAAACAUAUUUGAAACAAAAUAAAAAUAAAAUAGUUUAA